AUGCCCGGUACCAAGCAAACCACCCGCAAAUCCACUGGAGGGAAAGCUCCCUGCAAGCAGCUCACUACCAAGUCAGCCAAGAAAAGUGCCCCAUCCACCGUCCAACUGAAAAAAACCUCAUCACUACCGGCCCAGCACAGUCGAUCUCUGCGAGAUCCGCUGCAAUCAGAAAUCCACCGAGCUGCUCAUCCGCCUUUAGAGUGCCUGGUCCAGGAGAUCCUUCGGGACCACAAGAGCAACCUGAUGCCCCAUACAAAUCAGACCACCUGCAAAUCCACCAGAGAGAAGGCUCCCCGCAAGCAGCUCGCUACCAAUGCAGCCAGGAAGAGUGCCCCGGCCACUGGCCACCAGCGGAUUGAAAAAACCUCAUCGCUAACGGCCCGGCACAAUCGCUCUCAGCUAGUUCAGCAAGCUGCUCAUCCACCUGUAGAUCACCUGGUCCAGGAGAUCACUCAGGACUUCAAGACCGCCCUUCGCUUCCAGACCUCAGCUGUCAAUGUUCUGCAGGAGGCCAGCGAGGCUUAUCUGGCCGGUCUCUUUGAGGACACCAACCUGUGCGCCAUCCAUGCCAAGAGAAUCACCAUCACGCCCAAGGACAUCCAGCUGGCCCGCAGGAUCCGAGGCGACAGGGUUUAG